CCGCGGCGGCGGCCGUGCGCGGGCCCUGACCUCCGCCCUCCCGGGGGCCCGGAGCCCGAGGGAAGCCGCAGGAAAUGGCAGACGAGGCGCUCUUCUUGCUUCUCCACAACGAGAUGGUGACGGGCGUCUACAAGUCCGCGGAUCAGGGGGAGGUGGAAAAUGGAAGAUGCAUUACUAAGCUGGAGAAUAUGGGUUUUAGAGUAGGACAAGGAUUGAUAGAAAGAUUUACAAAGGACACCGCAAGGUUCAAAGAUGAAUUAGAUAUCAUGAAGUUCAUUUGCAAAGAUUUUUGGACCACUGUUUUCAAGAAACAAAUUGAUAAUCUAAGGACAAAUCAUCAGGGCAUCUAUGUGCUUCAGGACAACAAAUUUCGACUCCUGACUCAGAUGUCAGCAGGAAAACAGUAUUUAGAUCACGCUCCUAAGUAUUUAGCAUUUACAUGUGGCUUAAUCAGAGGUGGCUUAUCAAAUUUGGGGAUAAAAAGUAUUGUGACAGCUGAAGUGUCAGCAAUGCCAGCAUGUAAAUUUCAAGUGAUGAUACAGAAGAUGUAGCAUGUACUCAAAUGCUUCUGCAAUGUAAAGAGAUUAAAUUAUUCAUGUAUAAAGAUUUUUGAGUAGUAACUUUUGACUUACUGGCAUUGUCAUAAGUUUCUACAGUACACUGAUUCAUGUAAGCUAUAUGUUAAUUUAUUAGAUGAUGUAAUAUGCACUCUCAAAUAAGAUUACCAUAGUGUGUGUGUGUAUGUGUGUGUGUGUGUGUAUAUAUAUAUAUAUAUAUAUAUCAUCUGAUGGAACAGGAGAGUGUCAAAGAAAAUUUUACUGAGACACUACACUGUAGCUGUAUAUCACAGUAUACCAAAUUCAGCUUUAUUUCAUUAAAAAAUUUAUUAAGUAAGCACAGCAACCAAAUAACAAUGUUUCCUUGUGCUUCUGCUCUACUGGUUCAUGAUAAUAUUUUUGGCAUUAAAAAGGAGGACAAACUUAAAGUCUUACUGAAUUAGAGAGAAAAAGUUAUCAUUUGUAUCCAUUUUUUCAGGUCCAGAAAAAAAAAAGAUUAAAUUGGAUUUAAAAAAAAGUUGGAGGUAUAUGUUAAAAUGAGUAAUUUUCAUAUUUGUAUGAAGAGGCUUUGUAUUUUAAGGCUGCUCAUGGCACUACAAAAAGUAAGACUGGAAGAGGAUUUCUGGGAUCAGCAAGGGUGGAAAGAAAGGAGGUAAAUCUUUGAAAGAAAUCAGAUGAAGGAAAUUAAAUUGUGGGUUGGAUACUAGAUUAGAUAAAUGGUUAAAGAACUAUCUCCAAAAAUACAUGAGACCAAUCAGGAUGACUCUUCACAUGCAAAGGUUACUUGUCCAAGUCAGUUUCACUGCAUUCAAGUAAUAAAUAAUUGAGAAUGUCUAUUCUUCAUACUCGCUAACAGGAAUAUUCAGUUCCAACAACUUUAAACAUGUACAUGUUUAAAAUCUCUUUUAUAUUAAGUACCCCCCAUGGGUUUACUAGUGGCAUGCAAUAAAUAUUGUUUGAUUUCUUAA